UACAGGCUACACCGGUAGUGUCCCUCUCUCACCCUUCACGCUCCAACACCCACCCCUUGUUGUGUCAUCCGUUAGUAUCAUCCACAUCCCCGUUGUAUCAUCCACAUCCCCGUUGUAUCCUUAGUAUCAUCCACAUCCCCGUUGUAUCCUUAGUAUCAUCCACACCCCCGUUGUGUCGUCCGUUAGUAUCAUCCACAUCCCCGCUGUAUCAUCCACAUCCCCGCUGUAUCCUUAGUAUCAUCCACAUCCCCGUUGUGUCAUCCGUUAGUAUCAUCCACAUCCCCGUUGUAUCAUCCACAUCCCCGCUGUAUCCUUAGUAUCAUCCACACCCCCGUUGUGUCGUCCGUUAGUAUCAUCCACACCCCGUUGUGUCGUCCGUUAGUAUCAUCCACACCCCCGUUGUGUCGUCCGUUAGUAUCAUCCACACCCCCGUUGUGUCGUCCGUUAGUAUCAUCCACACACCCACAUCCCCGUUGCAUCACCCACACCCACAUCCCCGUUGCAUCACCCACACCCACAUCCUCGUUGCAUCACCCACACUCCCACAUCCACCAUUGUAACAUCCGUUCCUAUCAUCCCACAUCCCAUCAAAUCAUCCGUUAACAUCAUCCAUACACCACCACCCUCCCAUAUCGAAAAUCUCAGCCACAACACAAGAUGGUACAGAAAAUAAUGUAUUGUGAAAACUGAGGGGAGAAUUCUGGAAAAAGAAGAGUAUUGUGGAAAUUUUAUCGCCAGUGACAGAAAUAUAUCGUAAAAAAAAAACGAGAAAAAAGUGAUAUUUGAGAAAUUUAUUUUUCAAAACAGAAAAUAUGACUUAAUAGAAAUUUAGACCGUACAGAAAAGCAGAAAACGUGAUAUAUUGAAAAAGUAUUAUAAACAGGAGCUACAGAAAACGUGAUAUAAAAAUAAUAAAUAGGAACUACAGAAAACGUGAAAUAUUGUACAAAAUUUAAACAGGAGCUACAGAAAACGUAUUAAUUCCUCUCUGGGCGUCUUCCUGCUCUCAGACGCUGCUAGGAUGGGUCGCCGGGCUGCGGUCACCGCCUGUGCUCGCACCGUCUCAACCUUCCUUUUUGGCUUUGGCUUGGGCUUUGUCAUCCACUUGUUAUCCAGUCUGUCCUUCACACUCUCCACCACUGACUCAGAGACCAGCGACAGUACACAACAAGAGAGAGGGUGGAGGUUGGAACAAGAGGCUCAACACCAGCAACUAAGAAACGGCUCACAGCUGAACUCUGCAGUACCAGAAGGUGUUCGCUUGCUGUGCUACGUACUAACAGGUCCCAGCACUCAUCACACAGCUGUACACGUCAAGAACACCUGGGCACAGCGCUGUGACAAGACUGUAUUCUACAGCACAGAGAAGGACGUCGGGCUACAGACAGAGGUGCUGGAUGUACCUGAGGGUUAUGGGUACCUCUGGGCCAAGACCAAAGGUGCCCUCUCCCACUUGCACCACCACUACCCUGACUACCACUGGUACCUGAAGGCUGACGAUGACACCUACGUCAUCGUGGAGAACCUACGUUUCUUCCUGAGGAAUCUCGACCCUGGGGAACCUAUCUACUACGGUGUCAAGUUCAGAAAGCACGUUAAGCAGGGCUACAUGUCAGGAGGUGGCGGGUAUGUGCUGAGUCGAGAGGCGGUGAGGAGGUUCGUGACGGAGGCGCUGAAGCUGCAGGAUCAGUCCAAGUGUGCGUCCAACACCUCCAGGGGAGCCGAAGACCUCCAGCUGGGUGUGUGCUUGGAGAGUGUGGGUGUAGCUGCUGGAGACAGUCUUGAUGACGAUGGUAAAUCAAGAUUUUUCAGUCACAGUCCCUUGGCUCUCUUCUACAAGCUGCCGCUUGUCAACAAGCUUCAUUGGUAUUGGAGAUACAUCUGGCAUCACCAUGGGGUGGGUCCUGACUGUUGCAGUCGUCAUCUUGUGAGUUUCCACGACGUUGAUCCCAGGAUGAUGUGGACGCUGGAGACUCUCCUCUACCGUCUGCACAUCCACAGGGACCUCCAGCCUCCACACCUCAAUACCUCCACUUCCACGCCUCCUCCACCGUCUCCUUCACCUCCACCACCGUUAGCCAGCCUCCAGAAGCCACCUCCAUCUCUCAGGACCAAUGGGAAUAAGUCUCUCUCUCUCUCUCUCUCUCUCUCUCUCUUAAUUUGCCGCUUGCUUGGCUCUCUCCGCCCUAGCCUCAAGGGACCUAUCGUACCUGCUCUUAAAACUAUGUAUGAAGCUUGCCACCACCUCUUCAUCAAAGUCAUUCCACUUCCCAGUCACCCUGAGCCUGAAGAAGUACUUCCUGACAUCCCUCUGGCUCAUCUGUGUCUUAAACUUCCAACUGUUACACUCUACCCGUUUUCCGCCUUUCAAACAAUCAAUGUCUGGCUAUCCUGUCAAUUUUCUCUGAGUACUUAGUAUGUUGUUAUCAUGUCUCCCCUGGUACUAUCCUGCAAUGCCACUGGAUUUAAUUCUAUUAGUUUCUGACCAACCAGGCUGUGGUUCGUACAUCAGCUUGCGUGCGGCCAGCAGUAACAGCCUGGUUGAUCAGACCCUGAUCUUCCAUGAGGCUUGGUCUCAGAGCCGCGGGGGCGUUCACCCCCGAAACCUUCUCCGGGUAAACACAAAUCACACCACUCAGCUCUGGAAUCUGCAUCGUUGCAUACCUCUGCAGUUCCUCCAGCUACCAUGCUGAUAUAUGUUGUAUAAAGUGCCCAGGUUGGCUCUUGGUUGAGAUUCCUGAAGGCUACUCUUAGAUUUGCCAGAUAAGCAUGGGCUACAUGGUUUAUUUUCCAGAUGCGAGCCUCUGGUGAUAUACUUGGCACUAUGUUUACCCUUACGUCUUUCUCUCUGAUUUAGGUCUUUGCUUCUGUUCCCCUAGGCUAUACUCUGUGUCCAGUCUUCUUGCCCCUUGCGCAAUCUUCAUAACCUUGUAUUUGAUGGAGUUAAAUUUAAGCAACCGUUUAUCUGACCAGUCUUGCAGUUCGUCCAGAUUCUUUCCGUGUCCUCGCCUGUCUUGAGUCUUCUCAUUAGUCUUACAUCACCAGCAAUCAGAGAUACAUGUAAUUCAAUCCCAUCUGGAAUACCAUUCAGAAACAGUACUGGCCCUAAUACCUCUCCUUGCGGCACCCUGCUUGUCACACUUCCCCAUUCUGACAUCUCUUCCCUUUUCAGUCUUCGAUUCCUUCCUCUAAGUUACUCUUUGGUCUACUGGAGUACGUUCCCAGUUAUUCCUGCCUGCAAUUCAGGUUUUAGCUUCAGUCUCAUGUACAGAACAAUAUCAACUGUCUUCUUGCAGUUGGGUAUCUUUAUUGAUUAAACGUUUCGCCUACACAGUAGGCUUCUUCAGUCAAAUACAAAGGGAGCAGUAAAAAUGAAUUAAAGUGAUGUAAUCAGUCCGUCAACCUUGGAGAAAAAGUAUUUGAGGUGGUCAGUCCCUCAAUCUGGAGAAGAGUUCAGCUCAUUUCUUAUGCUCCUUUUUUAUAUGACUGAAGAAACCUACUGUGUAGGCGAAACAGUACCUGAGGUAUUGAAGCAAAUUCUUAGAUGGCUUUGGGAAAAGGGUUGGACAUAUGGGUGGAUGGGAGGGAUUACUUUUGAGAAGGACCUGCCUUGUAUGGGCCAGUACUCUUACGUUCUUUAUUGAUACAGAUUGCCAUCUCUGCAGACGUGCUGAUUACUGAAGACUGAGACACGUGUUCAACAUUGAUGAAUCUUUACUGAGGAAACGUUUCGUCAACCAGUGACUUUUUCAGUCCAGUAGAGAGAACUAUGGGAGAUGAGGAGGUGUUUGAGGUUAAUCAGUCCCUCAGCCUGCAAAAGAGUUCAACUCCAUGGUCUGGAGCGAUAUUGUUCCAAAUCAUGGAGCUGAACUUUUCUCCAGGCUGAGGGACUGACUGCCUCAAAUACUGUAUCUGCUGCCUCCAUAUUUGACUGAAGACGCCUACUGUGUAUGCGAAACGUUUCAGCAAUAAAGAUACACAACUACUGCAAAUGUGUCAAAAUCAUUAUGAAAGCCCUUCUCUACUAGCCUUGUAUCACUCUCCUGACAGCUUUCUCCAGUAACUUACAAAGUGUGAGCGUCGGAGAAACUGUCUGUAGUUCGCUGCUUCCUGUCUGUCACUUGUCUUAAAUACAGUGAUUAUAUGAACUGUCUUCUAGAUCUCUGGUAACUGUCCCGUAUCACUUGACUUGUAGAUUGUAGCUAGUGGUUCACACAGUACUUCCGCCUUUUCUCGUAGAAUCCAUAGUGACAUCUUGUCAGGUCCGGUUGAUCUUCAUGUAUUGAGAUCCAUUAUAAAUGUCAUAAUAUUUUUGCCCUGUUGUGUGUUUGUCAUCCUCUCUUCCUGUUGUGUGUUUGUUUUCCUAUCUCCCUGUUGUACGUCUUCUCAUCUUCCUGUUGUGUAUAUGUUUUCCUAUCUCCCUGUUGUACGUCUUCUCAUCUUCCUGUUGUGUGUGUUUUCCUAUCUCCCUGUUGUACGUCUUCUCAUCUUCCUGUUGUGUGUUUGUUUUCCUAUCUCCCUGUUGUACGUCUUCUCAUCUUCCUGUUGUGUAUAUGUUUUCCUAUCUCCCUGUUGUACGUCUUCUCAUCUUCCUGUUGUGUAUAUGUUUUCCUAUCUCCCUGUUGUACGUCUUCUCAUCUUCCUGUUGUGUAUAUGUUUUCCUAUCUCCCUGUUGUACGUCUUCUCAUCUUCCUGUUGUGUAUAUGUUUUCCUAUCUCCCUGUUGUACGUCUUCUCAUCUUUCCUGUUGUGUAUAUGUUUUCCUAUCUCCCUGUUGUACGUCUUCUCAUCUUCCUGUUGUGUAUAUGUUUUCCUAUCUCCCUGUUGUACGUCUUCUCAUCUUCCUGUUGUGUAUAUGUUUUCCUAUCUCCCUGUUGUACGUCUUCUCAUCUUCCUGUUGUGUAUAUGUUUUCCUAUCUCCCUGUUGUACGUCUUCUCAUCUUCCUGUUGUGUAUAUGUUUUCCUAUCUCCCUGUUGUACGUCUUCUCAUUUUCCUGUUGUGUGUCGCCAAGUACCUGUGUCCCGUGCUCUCAAGACUAUCUCGUAUUGGUCCUGUUUCAACUGGCAGAACCUUUUCCAGUCGUCAGAUCAGCACUACACGGACUUCCUUUGUACUAACCUAUUUGUGGUUGCAGGGGUCGAAUCACAGCUCCUGGCACCGCCUCUUCUCUGGUCGCUACUAGGUCCACUCUCUCCCUGCUCCAUGAGCUUUAUCGUGUGAUGAAUGGUUUGAAAAACCCACAAGUUGAAGAUUGAGACACUUAUGCAGCAUAUGGGAAUCUUUAUUCAGGAAACGUUUCGCCACACAGUGGCUUCAUC